AUGGAUAAAUCUGUGGAGAAGUCUCAGUUGCAGACGUUGAAAUCGUUGAACGAGCACCUUUCGAAGGAGAAAGUAGAGAUUGAAAAAGAAAAGAAAGCUUUAGAAAUGUUGAUUGAAAGGUUAGAGAAGAAACUGACUGAGCUGAGAGGCAGUGAGCUUACGAUUGAGAUAAUCACUCGUGAUAUAGCUGAAAUGGAGGAGGCAAAAGUGGAAGUGAAAAAUGUCGUUGUUGACUUGCGAAGAGAAUUGAGUAAACUGAAAGAAGCUAUGACGUCUUUGAUUGAGUCGAGCGUGGCUGAGAACGAGAGAAAUAAGGAGUUGUGUCUCAAAUGGGCUGUUUUCGAGAAGCUCCAAAUAAAGUUUCAUCAGAAAAGGAUAAGCUUAGUUUGGUGUUCGAGGACAAGGAGAGGAAAUUGA